CUGCAGGGCACAGUCGAAGGUUUCAUUGGGCAGUUUGUUCCAGUGCCAAUCAGCGAGGUCUUGGUGCAAAGAAGCAAUGCUGUGGAUGGUUCUCUUAACUAUGGGCAACUGACGGUCUCAGUGCGAUUUGAGGAUUCUAAAGGUGUUGAUAUAGCUCUUUCGAAAUGUCAAGACGUCGGACCAUACAGGGUGUGCGAUUUUGUCGACCCUGAGAUCCCCUCCGUUCUUCAAAAUUCUGUGGCGUUGUAUCGAAGUCUUUUCCCGUCACCCGAAGAAAUACAAAAAUCGGCCACGGUUUUCAUCGAGCAGCAGGAUAAAGAAGCACAAGAGGCAAAACGAGUAGCUAAGCGAAAACUCACUGAACCUGAUGAGGAAGGCUGGAUAACCGUAACCAAAGCUGCGAAAAGGGUGGGGAAAGUUAUGAAGGUCAAGAAAGAUGAGGUACCAUUGAUGGGCGGAUUUCAUAAAAAGAAAAAUCAUGUUGAUCUGGCAUUCUACUCAUUCGACAAGAAAAAUACGAGAGCGAAGAAACUCAACGAACUGCGAGAAAAGUUCAUGCAAGACAAGAAGAGAAUCGCACUCCUGAAAAAUGCUAGAAAAUUCAAACCUGACUAG